AUGUCAAAAGAAGUUCAGAAGAUGGAGAAAAACUAUACUUUGUUGCAUAAAAAAGUCGAUGUUAUUAUGAUUGCUAUCACUAAGUCGAUUGAGUUUAAUACUGAGUAUUUGAACAAGCUUGAAGCAAAAUCAGAAAAGGAUUCUCAGAUAUUUGAAAAUAUGGAAGAAUCUUUAUCUAGUAUCAAGGAGUCUAUUUUGAAAGUUGAUAUUUUGAACCAAUCAAAAUUUUCUCAAGAUUCUAUCUCUAAAUUGAUUUCAACUUUUGAGACCAAUAUCAAAUCGGAGCUUGAUCCAAUCCUUGAGUUGGUGAGUUCGACUCAAAUUCCUACUUCACUUCCCAUAUUAUUGACUAUGAAUUCUACAAUAACAACAACCACAAGAGCAAUGGAAAAAGGAAUCUCAAUAAAUGAAGGAGCUGGAGGUUCGAGUUCAAGUUCAGUUCCACCAACUUCGAAUGAUAAUCCAAGUAAUAAAGGAAAAGCUAUUUAUGUGGUUCCAUCAGAAGAAGAAAAGAAAAAUCAACAAGAUCUUGAAAUCGAGAAGCAAAGGCAGACCAAUAGUAUCUUGAUUUGA